CGGCCCCAUCGCCGCCCUUCCGCGGCCCCGUCGUCGCCGCCCUUCAGCGGCCCAAUCGCCACCCUUCCGCGCCAGCCCCGUCCGCCGCCCUUUCAGCGGCCAGUCGCCGCCCUUUCACGGCCCGUCGCCGCCCUUUCAGCGGCCCCGUCGCCGCCCUUCCGCGUCCCCGUCGCCACUCAGCCGCCCAGCGCCAGAGCCGCCGAACCGCCCAGCCGCCGAGCAACCGAGCCGCCGAGCAGCCGAGCCGCCGAGCAGCGAGCCACCGCCGAGCAGUCAAGCCGCCGAGCAGCGAGCCGCCCUACACAGCCGAGCCGCCCGACCGCCGAGCCGCCCUGCAGCCGAGCCACCCGACCGCCGAGCCGCCCAGCAGCCGAGCCGCCGAGCCGCACCGCAGCCGAGGCGCUUCCGCCUGUCGGCCUGCCCGGGACCGCCCCACUUGCCUGUGCGAUCGGGCAGACGGGCUCUCCUUGUUUGACCUCACUUUUGGUGCCUCUCCUGCCCCUGCUGCUGAUGCUGACGCCACUGUUCGCUCACAGUGGGCCACGCGUGAUGCCGCUGCUCGCCUUGCUGUGCGCCGCCACUUACCGACCACUGAGCGUGCACACUUUAGCCAGUACAAGAGUGCUCAGACCUUGGACCACUUCCUCUCAGUUUGCCCCACCACUCUCACCGUUGACCUCCUCGAGAAGGCCCUCCUAGCAGCAGAGACGAGUAUAGUCGUUGUAGGAGGCUCUCGUGGUGACCCUCGCACCCCCAUCUUUGAGGGGUGUUCUCCCUCCCCCCGAUUGCCCUCUAUUGCCUCUGCUGCUGCGGCCGACCUCGUUGGUUUCGAGUCGGUCGGCGCUGCGUCUGCCCCGAGCGGGAGAACGCCGCACCGCAAGGGCAAGGGGGGCAAGGGCACUAGAGGGGCUGGCGGGGGCGGUGGAGGUGGUGGUGGAGGCAGUGGAGGGAGUGGGGGUGGUGGUGGGAGUGGUGCCGGGGGUGGUGGCGGCGGCGGCAGCAGUGGAGGCGGCGGAGGCGGCGGUGGUGGCGGAGGGAGCGGAGGCGGCGGAGGUGACGGAGGAGGCGGAGGUGGAGGAGGCUGCGGAGGCGGCGGCGGCGGCGGAGGCGAUGGUGGGAGCGGGUCGCGACUCUGCGCAGAGGAGUGGCUCAGGUGGUGGUCCGCGCCAGCAGCAGUGGAGUGGUGUGACCCUGUCCCCUCAGCAGCUUCGUGA